AUGUCUUUUUUCGGCACGCCAACAACUAACACGGGCCUCGGCGGCCCGGCGCCCGCAAACAGCGGCUUCGGUUUUGGCGCGUCAAAACCAGCAAAUGCGGCACCGCCGCCAGCCUUCGGUAGCACUCCGACGUUGGGCGCAGCAGCGGCUGCGGCAGCACCAGGUUUUGGAUUUGGAAGCACGCCCGCCAGUGCCGCACCCACUAUGGGAUUUGGAGCACCGACGACGGCGACGACUGGAGGCUUGCCAACGUUUGGAGGGACCGGAACUUUGUCAGCAUUUGGCGCGCCUGGAGCACAGACUGGAGCUCUGCCAGGAUUUGGAGCGCCAGCAGCAACUACCGCACUGCCCGGCUUUGGAACAGCAGCGGCCACAACAGCUCUGCCAGCCUUUGGGACGCCGGCAACAUCCACUCCCUUGCCCAGCUUUGGCUCCGCUGUGCCGUCAGCUAGCGUAGCGCCAAGCUUCAAUUUUGGCACACCGGCAACAAGCGCGCCGACCACAGCACCGCCGGCCUUUGGCGCCUUUGCGUCGACAGCCACAACAGCGGCCAAUUCGAUGAUACCCACCUCUCUAGCUGGUGGUGUUGGGCCAUUUGCCUUCAAUAAGCCGCCGCUGGGCGGAGCGCAGCCAACGACAGCGGCCAGCUUGAACUUUAACACGAUGACGACAACGGCGACGGCGCAGCCAUUUAAUACGUCUCUGCGAUUGGGUGGUGGGAAUAUAUUGGCGCCGGCCAGCACAGCCGCCAGCACAGGCAUCUUUGGCAAGCCACUGACCAGUGGCGCACCACAAGCGGCUGCGCCACCCGCUUUUGUAGGCCUAGGCGGCAUAGAUGUGAGCGCCACACAGCCAAAGUUGGGUGACAGCGCGAAGGAUGGCGUCAAGAUUAAGGAAACACAAGUGCCGGAUGAGAUCGUCAAGACUGUGGACGCUUUGAAGGCCUACAUUAAGCAGCAGAAGACCAUCUCUUCGGACAUUGGACGCACCUCCACCAACAAGUUCACAAAUGUGGGCGUGGACAUCAUGAACAUCCAAUGGACACUGCAGGAAAUGGCCAAUUCCGUAGACGACAACAAUCAGCAAAUCAAAUUGAUGAGAAACGAGACGGCGAAGGCUAUACAAGCACUGGAGAUGGCACAACGCACACAGGAUACGCCCGCCGGUCUGCAGUACGAGAACAAUAUGCCCUUUCAGUAUUUCCAGUGUCUGGUCGCCAAAUACGAGCAGGAACUCAUUGCAGUCCGAGAGCAAAUCACUCUCACCGAAUGCCACAUGCAGUCGCUGACGAAUCCGCAGAGCAUCUCGGCCGAACAUCUGAAACGCUGCUUCCGUCAGCUGAACGAGUCCUUUGUCUCCCUGGCCGGACGUCUGCACGAGGUGCAUCAACGCGUGGAGGAGCAAAAGGAGCAGUAUUUGAAUCUGCGUCGCUAUAAGCUGCGCGAUGCCAGCAACGUCUUUGAAAAGAUUGACAAUCCGCCCGUCAAGCCCGUAGAGCCCAACCGCAUCGGUUCCGGGCCAACGCCCUUUUCCAAUAUAUCUGCGAUCACCACACUAAAUAGAAGUUAUGCCUCGACUGCCGCGGCGCCCUCCUCCUCCAAUCUGGCCACAGGCAAAUGAUUAGAAUUUACUCAGAAAUUCCCUGUUAUUGUUAAAUAGUGUAUUUCUCUUUUUGGAAUCGAAAUAAAAUGAUGUCUGCUCUUUUAUAGAA